AUGUGGAAAGAUGACCGGCACGGCAUCCCCUAUGGACUGCAAGCAGGCAGCUACUCUCAACAUAUGGUUUUCACUGGUGGCAUUUCUUUGGCUUGUUACGUCUUGGGUGUGGUCCACUUCAUCCUUGAACGUUUCGGCACCGAGGGCUUUCAGGACUGCGACUUCGCCGGUGCCUCGAGCGGCAGCUGGGCAGCGAUGGUGGCGCUCUUGGCCACGCAAGGCGCUGGGCGUGUGGAUGUGCUCUUCCAAUCAGGCAGGCGUCCUCGCUGCCGCCUCUUGGACGAAAAGUGGGUCAUGAAAGUCUAUGUGGUCCACUUGUUCCCAUUCCCCUUCUCGUUGCUUCUGCCGGGCUGCCAAGCCAUUGAGAGCUUUGCGGCCUCCUUGGCAUGGCUCGCCAAAGUGAAGGCUCCAGGAGCCUAUGAGGCGGUGACCUCCAAAGGGAAGCUCUUGAUUUGGUUCUUCGCCUUCAGCCUGCGGCGCUUCAAGGGUCGCCGCUGCUAUCGCUUCGCCGUGCGCGGCGGACCAGACUUCGAGAGCCCCAACCGGCUAGGAGCGGUGAUUGCGGCCACCAGUGUCUUCCCCUUCUUGACGUCACCACGGCUCUGCAGCGGCCUCCAAUGCUUCCCUGCUGUAAUGGAUGGAUAUUUCCCUGGCAAGGGAGUGAGUUUUUUGCCCGUGCCCGACAUGAUUGCACCAUGCGUGGGCAACACUCUGCUGUUUGAUAUCAGUGGAGGACUGCGAGACUUCUAUGCAGGCGGGCUCCGGAUCUGA